AAAAGCACACCUCACUGCCCGAUAAGGCGCGCUGUGAGGCGGAUUAGUCUACUGUUUCUGUAGACUUUAAAAAAAAAAAGUAGCGUCUUUGCUUAUCGGAUACUUUUAUGGCUAAAGGACAGUUUUCUGUAACUUAUUACAGGGGACAUCAGAGUGAGAGACUUCAUCAAGAAGAGAGUUGAAAUGGGAGACCCUGCUUUUCAUCGAGACUGCCCCCUUGACUGCAAGGUUUACGUUGGGAAUCUGGGAAACAAUGGAAAUAAGACGGAGUUAGAAAGGGCAUUUGGUUACUAUGGUCCUUUGAGAAGUGUUUGGGUUGCCAGGAAUCCACCAGGUUUUGCUUUUGUAGAAUUUGAAGACCCCAGAGAUGCAUCUGAUGCUGUGAGAGAACUGGAUGGCAGAACCAUGUGCGGCUGUCGAGUACGCGUGGAGUUAUCCACUGGAGAAAAGCGCUCUAGGAGCCGUGGCCCUCCUCCAUCCUGGAGUAGAUACCCUCGAGAUGAUUUUAGGCGCCGUAGUCCUCCAGUUAGACGCAGAUCACCAAGGAGAAGGAGCCUCAGCCGCAGUCGCAGCAGGUCGGUUUCAAGAGAUAGACGUAGAUAUCGGUCUGCUUCCAGAGACAAGAACCGUAAGCGUUCAAGAUCCUUCUCGCGAUCAAGGAGUCGUUCCCGGUCUAACGAGAGGAAAUGAAGAUCUUGGACAGCUCAUCCACAAGAUUAUGUUAUGGUUACAAAAACAGUACAUUUUUAUAGUCUUGUUUUCUUUUUAGAUUUUGUUGGCUAGCUCUCGGCAGUCCAAGAUUGGCUAUGUUGGGUUCAUAAUGAAAUGAAUGAUCAAGAGAGAUGUAAACUGUUUCUUGUCAGUUGUGGUUUCUUUUUUUUUUUUUUUUUUUUUUUGGUUAAAUUCUGUAUUGCCCUGCAUGCUUUGAAAAUGAGUACUGGAUUUUACAUAAUUUUUAACUGUUUAAUUAAAUUCACUGUUCCAUUUUUUUUUAUUUUUUUUUUUGGUUGGGCUAUUUAUUUCACUACUCUUGGUUGGCUCUUGAAUUUCUUUCAGUGGGUCACUGUGACAUGCUAUAGAGGGAGUGUUUUUUCAUACCAGUAACAUAAAGGCAGACUCUUAAAAAAAUGCUGUAAAUAUGGUGCCGUUAUUGUAGUCUAACCCAAAAACAUAAUCUGUAAUUGUUUUAAAUGUCUUCUUUUGCAAGAGAAGACAUUGACUUUUUUCUUUGAUUGUCUGAGCUCCAACGUGCUGAUGCAGUUUAACAUCUUGUUCAAUAAAUGUUUUUCCAAGGUGAAA